AUGGGUCUGAGCUCAAGCCUAGUGCCAAUGGCAUCUGCACUGCUCCUCUUGUGCUGCUUCACUGCCUGGAAUGCUGCCGCCGCCGCGGCGAGUGGUGGUGGCGGCGAUGGUCUGAGGCUGAACUACUACUCCGAGAGCUGCCCGAGGGCGGAGGAGAUCGUCAAGGAGCAGGUGAGGAGGCUGUACGAGGAGCACGGCAACACGGCCGUGUCGUGGCUCCGGGCCCUCUUCCACGACUGCACCGUCAAGUCCUGCGACGCGUCGCUGCUCCUGGAGACCGACGCCGCCACGGGCCUCGUCUCCGAGCAGGCCUCCCCGAGGAGCUUCGGCAUGCGCAACUUCAAGUACGUGGGCGCCAUCAAGUCCGCCCUGGAGCGCGAAUGCCCGGGGACAGUGUCGUGCGCCGACGUGCUCGCGCUGGCCGCCAGGGACGGCGCGGCCAUGCUGGGCGGGCCGGCGGCGAUCCCGAUGCGGACGGGGCGGCGGGACGCCACGGAGAGCCGGUACGGCGAGGUGGAGCGGUACGUCCCGAACCACAACGACACGGUGUCGGCGGUGCUGUCCCGGUUCGCGGCCAUGGGGCUGGACGCGGAGGCCGUUGUGGCGCUGCUGGGCGCGCACUCGGUGGGCCGCGUCCACUGCAACAACCUGGUGGCGCGGCUGUACCCGGCGGUGGACGGCGGCAUGGAGCCGGCGUACGGCGCGUACCUGCGGGGCCGGUGCCCGACGGCGGACGCGAGGGAGGACACCCGCGACGUGGCGUACGCGCGCAACGACCGCGCCACGCCCAUGGUGCUCGACAACAUGUACCACAAGAACCUGCUGAAAGGCCGGGGCCUCCUGCUCGUGGACCAGCGGCUCGCCUCCGACCCGCGCACCGCACCGUUCGUGAAGAAGAUGGCGGCCGAUAACGGGUACUUUCGUGAGACGUUCGCGGCGGCGCUGGUGAGGAUGUCGGAGAACGGGCCGCUCACCGGCGGGCAGGGGGAGGUCAGGAAGGACUGCAGGUUCGUCAACACGAAAAUAAUUCAGAGGAAGUGA